ACUCUCACACUUACACACUCACUCUCACACUUACACACUCACUCUCACACUUGCACACACACUCAAACACACGCGCUUUCAUACAGUGGAACGGUGCCGUGGGCGAGCGCACCAUACCUUCCGGGCGGCAAGGACUACUUCCUUCAAGCAUGCAAGGCGAGAGGCAACGGGGCUGAGGGUAAUGUCAUAGAUUUGCAUGAGCGAAGAAGGCCAAAAGAACGCUUUGUGUGUAGUUCUUAAGAAAAAAAAAUAAUGAAAAAGUUAUAAGGUGGCGAUGGCUUUCCCUUGGCUAAGGAGGUAGGUCCUCUCUCUCUCUCUCUCUUUUGGAAUAGUUCAGUUUAUUUUUUUAUUUACGAUUUUUUUUUGUUUAUUGAUUGAUUGAUUGAUAUUUUGUUUUAAGUUUGGCUGUAAUCUCUUUCUGUAGGGUAAUUCAAGAGUAUAUAUUCAUAUAUAUAUACACACCAUGUUAUUCAGUGUUGCUUCACAGAUAUGUCUUGAAUAAUAGAUUUGAUGGUUUGUUGUGAAUAUUCUCAAUAAUUUUUUUUAUCUUGCAUUUCGAUGAUGAAGUAAAGGCCAGUUGAGGUUGAAUGAGGUUGGGCUAGCCAAGCUGCAGCGUGUGUGUGGGCGGUGUGGAAGGUGUCCUGACGGCAGUAUUUCUCUCUUCUAGGGCGUGGGUGUGGGCAUGGGCGUGGUGAGCAGGCUGGGCCUUGUGCAGGUGGCCUUGGCUAGCCGAGGGCUGCAGUCCGAGGAGGAGGGGGAGGAGGACGCCCUGGACACCAGAAAUCCCUCCGACGCUGAGUUUGCCCUCUUGGGCCUCCCCCCCGGCUCCCACGGUGCCCAGUACGUGUGCAAGUUUUGCGGAAAGAUUUUCUUCUACCCUUCCUCGCUGGAGAAGCACAUCCGCACACACACCGGGGAGAAGCCCUUCAAGUGUCCCCACUGUAACUACUCGGCCAGCCAGAAGAGCCACGUGAAGACGCACUUGCAGCGUCGCCACAGUAACCUGUCCUUCGGACUACACAGAGCAAAAUCUGAUACAUAUCCACUGAAACAGACUCGAGUUAUGAAGACCCAUCUAGGCUUCAGCGACACGCCGUUGAUAGCGAACCAUCGUGCCUUUAUGCUGGCUGAUUUACUAGGGGCGGCAGCUGAGAGUUUCGGUCUCUUGCAGGGAUUCCUGGGAGACGGCUACAGGCGGCACUGCCCUAUAUGCGGCAAGGGUUUCGACCAGCCCUACAACCUCCAGCGACACAUCCGUACACACACGGGGGAGCGGCCGUACCCAUGCCCCUUCUGCCCGUACGCUGCUUCCGAACGCUCGCACCGCAAGUCCCAUGUUGCCCGCCGCCACCGUCAGGAGUAUGCCACUUGGACCGAAACUUUUGGAUGUUCUGGUGGUAUGUACUUAGAACUUUUACUUAUACUAAAUGUUCUUGGUAUGAUACUUGGAACUUUUGGUUAUACUGAAUGUUCUUUGUGUGACACCUCUCAUCUGUAUUCUAAACCAUGUAGACUCAUACAUUUUAUACACAUUCUUUAUAUAUGGGAUACCAAAGCAGUUUAUACACUUUUUGCCCUCUGUCACCGCAAUGCUCUUCCAUAUAACAGAUUUAUUACAUGUUCACACUUCACAUUCCUUUUAGAUACAGAAAAUAUAGCCUGUAUUUGGCUCGAUGGUGUUGUGUGGUUGUUGCAGGGCGUGGGCGGGUGUGGUCUGGCUGCCGCAGAUACCCGUCGAAUGUGGACUAGCAGUGGCAGCAGCAGCAGUGGUGCCGCCAGCAGUCAUGCUAUUGGUGUUGUAAACUCUGCAGGUGGCAGUCUUAAUUUGGAGAAGCAACAACUCAUGCUGGCUGUACAGGCAGUGGCUGGGGGGCAUAUGACAGGUCGGCAAGCAGCACGAGCCUUCAAUGUACCUCGCACCACACUUCGGCGCUGGGUCACCCAUGAUCGCCGCCUCCACCCAUGUCCUUAUUGCCCCUAUCGUGCUACUGAGCGAUCCCACCUCAAGAAGCACCUCGGGCGCCGUCACCGUGACUUACCCGACCAACACAGCUCAGCCAUGCACCCCAUUCACCAACUCCCCUCCGAACCCGAGUCCCCUCCCCCGCCAACUGUUCCGGUGGUAGCCUCGCAACCUGCAUCCACGCCCCCUGUCUCUGAAUCCCAAAAUGAAGAAUCUGCCUUAUCCACAAAUGCCCCUUGAAGCAAUUAUGCACUUAUUAUCAUUCCCCCUCAGGAUGUCAUUGAGGGACCUGUUAGUGAGACUUUUGAAGUCAGAAGUUCCAUAGAAGAGACACAAACUUCUUUUGCUCAUAUCAAAGUCUGGUUGAACCCAGCAGUGAAAUGCUACACUACAUUUGAGAAUUACAGUAGCUAGUAUAUAGCAGGGUAUGGUGCCAAAGUGGUAUACAUUUAAGCUUUCUUUCUAGUGACAUGUUCUUAGGAGAAAAGUGCUCUUCCAGAAAGAUUUAAGUAGCAUAGUGAAGAUAUUAAUUAAAGAAAAAAUUGUAUAUGACCAGUAAGCCAAAGCAGAAUGUGAUACUAAGAGCAUCCUCAGAAUAAUUUUCCAUUAAAGAAUUUAUGUCUCAUUUCAGAUAUUUGAAAUUCUUGCAGACAAAUUCACAUGAAUAGAACCACAGUGCAUACUGUUUUUGUUUUACUUUUGAUAUUCAACUGAUUUGCUCAAUGUGAACCUCAUACUGCAUCAGUCAGUUACAGUGAAACAGAAUACCUUGUGAAGAAAAAUAACAAGCAUAAAGCACUUUGAAAUCAAACUAAACAGUAUAGUAAACAGUAUAGUAAGCCAGUGAGUAGGAAAAUUAUUAUGUACCAGGUAGUAAAUUGAUGAAUAUCAGGAUUACCAGGAAAAUGAAUUAUUCCCAUCACAAAUCCCUAUAUACACAUGCACACAGUCAUAAACCGAUGCAUAUAUAUGUACACUUACCUAAACCAGCACAAUUAUACAUGACAAAUUUAUUCAAAUACAUGCUAUUUUUUAAUAGAUGCAUAUCAUCCACAGAACUGCAUACACACAUGGGAUGUUCAUAUUACCAAUUUGUAUAUUAGAAACAUUAUUUGUUUUCAUAUACAAAACUAUUUUGUGUAGUGAACUGAGUUUACAUCCUGGGAAAAGUAUUAGCCAUUAUAGUCAUGUCUUUGUUGUUGACAUAUUUUGAUCUGUUAUACAUAUCUAGAUCUACAGGAAGUGAAAUUUAACGUAGAUGUAUUUUUUUAAAACUAGUUAGCAGAUUUUAAAGAUACAUAGCUAUUUUUAUACACCUGUGUAAGUUGUUUGAAGUUUAUUUCAGAUUUCAAGUUGAUUACCUAAAGUAGGAAAAAAGAUAGAUAUUUGUUUUUUGCUCUACUUGAUUCUAGGAAAAAGAUAAUGAAUUAUGUUUUUUGCAGAAGUAUUCUGCCUUAAAAGAACAUUAUAAAGUCCUAGUUGUGAUGAUAGUACACUAUAGACAAUUAUAGAUGAUUAUAUUUAUAAUUUAUGAUGAUGAUAGUGAGAUAGUUUGUUGAUUUGGUUUGAUUGACUUGUGUAUAAUAAACUCUCCUGUGGAGUUAAGCUCUGUUGAUAUUAGCUAGUUAGUCAUUAAUUAUAGGCACCUGUUAUGUCACUGAGUGUUAUAACUUUUUGUAAGCUUUUCCAAGAUAUCUAUCUAUCAAGGAGAUACAAUAGUAAAGAGAAGCUAUGUGGUGUGUAUAUAUGUCCAGGUGGUAGUGCAUAUGAUGUGAUAUAGUUUUGAUAGAAAUAUAGUUUCAAAUAUCACUUGAGAAAAUCAAAAGAAGGCCAAUUAAAUACAUCAAAUUUCUUCUUACUUGUGAUAAAAGUAAAUGUCUUGCAAGCAAGAUAUUAACCAAAACAGUUGUGUAUAGUAGUCAUGCGAUGACAAUACUGUAUAUUUAUUAUAAAGUCUUUCAUUUUCUUUUUAUACUAUAGAUAUUUAUAUAGAGCAGAAGCCAAUGUAGAAUAUUUUUUGUCUUAGUUUUGGAAUUUACUAAAUGUUAUAUCUCAUGUAGACAAUCAACAUGGAAUGUGCAGGAACCAAAUGAAAAUGUAGAUUUAAGUAGUGUUCUUAUGUAGGAGUCUCUAUUCUUGAAUAGCUUGAACUUAACAUGCAAUUGUACUGAAGAUUCAGUAGACUUAUUUUGAACAUGUACCUAAGGAAAUAUAGGUUCUUAGGUUAGUUUGUUAUAUGAACCCUUCUUUUCUUUCUGUGCGUGUUUGGCCUUGCAUGUGUGUGUGUGUGUGGGGGGGGGGGGAUCUAUGCUCAUGUGUGUUUCCAGUGUGGAAGAGAGUGGGUGAAUUUGACAAAAAAUAAACAAGCACUUGUUUUGCUUUUCAGACACAAGGCAGAUAGUUUGCUUUCAUGGUUAGAUACAUAGUGCCCAACAGUUAAACAAUAAAGGAUAUAUAUUUGAAUUUAUAAUGUAGGAUAUUAGUUACUCAUGAUGCUUUGAUUAAUGUUUUCUUAUUGAAAAUGUACACAAUUUUAGCUGCCUUUCAUUUUAUGAGAUGCUUAUCUAACAUGCAGUUAAAUUUUUCAUGUGCGUAUUACCUAGUAUAGAUUACAGUGUUUAGAACGUGAGGUUGUAACAGUCAGAGUGGUACCAGGUCAGACUGUUUGUCUGUCUGGAUGUGUGCCUGUACUUUUUGUGUGUCUGUAACUAUACGUGUGAAGGUAUGUGUGUUUCUUAAAAGCUUCAAAAACAGAACUUGUACAAUUUACCCCUUUUACAAAUGUUAACUCUUUCUAAUAGUGAUUUCAUGCCAUCUUUCCAAGACAAAAAGUAUAUGCUACAUUGACAUUGAGAGGAAGUAUCUUUUACAGUAUUAGCAGAAUUCAAUGGCAUGUUUCUGUUUCCCAGAAGUGAAAAGCAGAAUAGUGGAGUGUUUUUAAUAUAUGACAACUGUUGAAAUGGAAUUAUCUCUUUAUCUGUUUAGUGACACAUGUUAGAUGUUACUUUGAUAAUUACAAAACUGGAUACCUGUUAUAUGUCUUUUAAGUGUUGAUGUGUGUGAUAUGUUCAAUAAAAAAAUACAUUUAAAUGUU